AUGGAAGUCGUGCCUUCCACGGUGGUCUGCCCGAUGUUAUCUUCAACGAACUACAUGGUAUGGUCGAUGAGAAUGAAGGUGUUACUGCGAGUACACAAGGUUUGGGAAUCAAUUGAACCAGGAACAGACGAUGAAGAGAAGAAGGAUAUCGCUACUGCUCUCCUAUUCCAAUCGAUUCCAGAAAACCUAAUAUUGCAAGUUGGUGAAGUCGACUCCCCUAAAGAAAUCUGGGAAGUCGUGAAGUCAAGAAAUCAUGGUGCUGAAUGCGUAAAGGAAGCUCACCUUCAGACCUUGAUGAAUGAGUUUGAACGUCUAAGGAUGAAAGACACAGACUCAAUUGAUAUCUUUUCGGGCAAGAUAUCAGAAUUGGCCUCAAAAUUCGUAGCUUUAGGUCAAGCGAUGGAAGAACCUAAGCUGGUAAAGAAGUUCCUGAACAGUAUACCGCGAAGCAAGUAUAUUCAGAUCAUAGCGUCACUUGAACAAGUUCUCGAUCUGAAUAAAACGAGUUUCGAAGAUAUUGUUGGGAGGCUCAAGGCGUAUGAAGAACGGAUUCAAGUAGAAGAUACACAAGAGCCACAAGAGAACCUGCUUUGCAAGAAGAAAGGCCACUUCGCCUCUGAUUGUCCAGAGAAGGAGGAACAAGACGACCAGGAGCUAAACAAAGCAGAUACAGAGGAAGCUGGUGUCGCUUUGUAUAUGCACGAGAUCGUGUUUCUCAACGAGGAGAAGGUUAUACCGAAGACACUGGUGAAGUUCCGAGAUGGUUCAUGUGUCAACAUCAAUGGCAAGGGGUCGAUACUAUUUGAAGCAAAGACAGGGGAACAUAGACUCUUGACCGACAUAUACGACAUUCGAGACCUAAGGAGCAAUAUAUUGAGCUUGGGGCAAGCUACUGAAGAAGGAUGUGAUGUUAGGAUGAAAGAUAACUACCUAACACUGAAAGACCCUAAUGGAUGA